CCGACCAAUCCCGAAAUGGCCAGAACGCCUUGUGCGGCUGCGCGGGACCAUUUGAAUUUUUUUAAAUGUUUCUUCCCAGUUAUGGUGGACGCGGCAGCUUCCAUGGCUUCGCCGGCGCCUGGGGUAGCCCUGGAGCUUUCCGCGCGCGCACAAAUGUUUGAAACUCUCAUACAGAACUACAGCGGUGAUGACCCACUUGAUCCUUGGUAUAGGUAUUUUCAGUGGGUUGAAGGUCUAUCGGGAGUAGAAGGGAGACAAAAGCACCUGCUGUACCUGCUGGAGCGGCUUGUGAAAAUAUUUUUAAGUGACAAGAGGUACCAGCACGACACAAGAUACAUCAACUGCUGUGUGACGUUUGCCGACUUCAUUGAUAAGCCGAGCAAUUUUUUUGACUAUUUGUUCAGCCAAGGGGUUGGUAGCAAGUCAUCUCUUCUGUAUUGUGCUUGGGCUCAGAAGCUUGGCAUGCAAGGAAAUAUAUCUCAUGCAAGCGCUGUUAUUCAAAAGGGUAUUCACAAUGGAGCAGAACCAAUUGAGAAGCUGCAUCAACAGUACAGAUUUUUGCAGAGCUGCUUACCUCAGAAUCAAAUUUCAAAUCACGUUGGUGUUCUGCAGCCUCUUAAUCCCCAAAUGUCAAAUCAGAUGGCUCCUAAAGAAGGCCCAGUCUGUGCUAAUCAAAAUCAGAAUCCAGCCAAUUCUGAACAACAGCCCAUCAUCUGUAGGGAACAAGAACAAUUGGAACAGCCUAGAUAUGUCACCACUAUUUCCAGGUCAGAAAUCCUACCGACUCCAUCCAAUCCUAACCUUGAGCAGAAGGUCAUGUACGACAAGAACCUUCUCAUCUGUGAAGGUUCUGAACUGUGCUUUGAAGAAGUCAGAGCAAAUGCACAUUUUAAAAAGGCUGAGCAGUUGAAAAGGAACAAAAAAUGGGAGGAUGAUGAGAGAGAAUUUUUGAAGAAGAAGGAAAAUGACCUUCUUGAGCUACAGAAACUACAGCAGAGGCUAGAUCAGCUCUCCCAGACAUCAUCAACAUCCCAGAUAACUACAGCACAGCCAUCUACUUGGCAAUCCCUUCAAAGCUCCACAGUGGGUGACUCAUACGUACAAACCUGUGCAGUUCAGGGUCAGCCAGAGUGGGCAGUACCUUCCCUGGCUGGAUAUCUACAAAAGUCUUUGAAUUUGGGGACAGAACAUCAGAGUUUGGCAUCAGGUGCUUCGGCUUCACAGCUGGUAGGAAGUCGGCAGCAAAUAGCAGUUUCCGAUGAGAUUUCGGUGGGUGGUGCUUCAGCUACACAACCAGUCAGGAAUUUCCAGCAACAACCAAUCUUGGUUUCUGCAUCAACCAUCCCCAGCGGAAAGGCUGCAUCCAAAGCAAAACUUGAUCUUGAAGAUUGUGAGAAUAGUCUGCACAGAUUUCAAGUCAGCUCUGAUGAUCAGCCGCCCCAGAAACGUGCUAUCCUCUCCAACAUUUACCAUCAUGCAGAGCAGCACUUGGACACAUCUCAUCAGAAACCGCAACACUCCGCAGAAAUGAGAGAUGCAUCGGGUGGUAGAAAUUCUUCCAUUUUCAACGACAACCGUCAUACCACUCCAAACACAUCAAGUAUGACACAAGCGACUCCGUCUAAAAUACUUCCAUCUCCCACUGUUCACACUAAAGAGGCCCUGGGAUUUAUCAUGGAUGUCUUCCAAGCAUCUUCCUUCAAAGAUACUACUAUACUUUCAGAAGAUGAAGAUGAGUUUGAGGCCUACUGUAGAAAUAACGGACUGGACAAGGCUUCCAGCGUUAAGCCCAGUGCUCCUGUGGCACCACCUGCCUUUACGAUCUUUGAAGACGAGAAUGCAGAUGUUCCCGUGCAUCCCCCAAAGUUGACAGGAUCCAAAGUCUUUGGAGAACGUCCCACAGUCAGCUGUGCUGCCAAACGAGCAGAGGUAAAUCCGCCAACGGAGGGCCCGAAGGAUGACUGCACCGUGUGGGCUAAUUUCUGCAACAAGACCCUGGCUCCUACUCCAGGCAGCACAGGAGAUUUUGCUUGUGCUGCGCAACUUGCCUCUACGCCAUUCCACACCAUUCCACUGUCUGCCUGUCAACUGACUCAGGUAGUUGAAGACCCUUGGAGCAACAGCUUAAUUCACCAGCUUCUGCUUGGACUGCCCAAGCCAAUCAGUGCCUACUCAAAUACUUUUGAAUGGGAAUCAGGUCUUCCAGUUCUCAAACCGAAAGCUGAACUCAAAUUGGCAACCACAUCCUUUCAUGUUGACUGCUUACUGGGAGAAGGAGCCUUUGCACGUGUCUUUCAAGCUUCUGUCCUUGAUAUGGACAACACAAAAAAUAAUCGGAAAGUCAUACUGAAAGUGCAGAAGCCAGCAAGCCCCUGGGAAUUCUACAUAGUAGUUCAGCUAACAGAAAGGCUUAAGCCAAGCUUGCGCCAUCUUUUCAUCCAGUUCUAUUCUGCUCACUUUUUCCACAAUGGAAGCAUUUUAGUUGGCGAGCUUUACAGUUACGGGACUUUGCUGAACACCAUAAACAUAUACAAAAAGCUGGUCGAGAAAGUGAUGCCUCAAGUUCUUGUUAUCUACUUCACCAUACACAUUUUGCGCAUGGUCGAAGAGCUUCACAGCUGUGGGAUAAUUCAUGGCGACAUUAAACCCGACAACUUUAUUUUCAGUGCAAGGUUUUUGGAUGACGACACCUGUGAUGUGGAUAGCGUGUCUCAUGGCUUGACCAUAAUUGACUUUGGCCGAAGCAUAGACAUGAGCCUGUUCCCUGCAGGAACUGUAUUCACAGGAAAAUGCAAAACAUCUGGAUUUCAGUGUAUUGAGAUGAUGACAAACAAGCCAUGGAAUUACCAGACUGAUUACUUUGGUAUUGCUGCAACAGUCUACUGCAUGCUGUUUGGCACAUACAUGAAAGUGAAACAGGAGGAUGGAGUCUGGAAACCUGAUGCUGUCUUUAGGAGGUUCCCUAAUGCAGACCUCUGGACUGAUUUCUUCUUCACCUUGCUGAAUGUACAAGACUGCAACCACAUUCCUUCAUUGGGAGCACUGCGGGCAAGAUUGAGAGACGUAUUUCUGAGCAGUUGCGCCAGUAAAGUGGCAGUGCUCCGUAAAAGGCUGGCAGUGUUGCUCGUGGAAAACAAACAUUCACGGAAGUGAAUCUUGGGACUCCAAGGUCCACAAACCCGCCUUAAUAGAAAAUGCUCCCCACCUUAUUGUAACUAUGACUUUAAUAAAUUUAACAGUGCCUUGUU